CUUACUCCGCGCACAGGAUCGGUACCGUAUAUGGCACCGGAGGUAGCCGAUUGUCGAGCGUAUGAUUGCCAGUGUGACGUAUUUUCGUUUGCAAUUCUUUUGUGGGAGGUUCUAGCGUUAAAGGCUGCCUAUAAAGGGUAUUCCCGUCGAGAGUUCUUGGAGCGUGUUGUUCGGAAGCAAGAGCGGCCCCAGCUGAACCGUAAUUGGCCGCCCCUAACUCGGCUUAUGAUUCGAGAGGCUUGGGAGCACGACCCUGAGAAGCGACCGGAUAUGAAGCGGGUU